AUGCGGCCCUUGGCCACUUCUGAGUUGGGCACCACUGAUCUAAAUGCCUUCAACCUGCAGAGUUACUUGGUCAGAGUUUCGCCUUCGGCCUCAUCGUCGCCGAAGGCAGGAGAUGGCGAAAAGUCGAAACCCCCGGCCUGGCGGGAAAUUGACACAGCGGUCAAAGGUCUGAUGUCAGGUCAAAAAAUGGCCGAGGGCCGUCUCCAUGAAUUGCAGACAGUGCUGAGGCAGCUCAGUGCAUCUGCCUUUGGACCACUGAUAGGUGAUUAUUACCGUGACCGUCUGCUCCCGCAAGGAAUGGCCACUCUACGGAACGGUGUACUAGGAUACGAUAAUCAAACUCUCAGCAACGGAACAGGUGUCGCUCCUGUUCAGCUUGGAACUGUCCAAGAAACAGUCACAGCCAUGAUGGACCGUUUGGCGGCUACUUGGAUCAACUUCUACCGCACUGUUCUACCAUAUUUAGAGGCCAUUUUCGUGAGCAUAAAGACACAGAGGCUCACGAUCCGGGAAACGACGUUGGUAGCUUUCAGAAACCACGUUGUGCUGAAAAUACCUUUGAAGGAAGCCAUAGAACACCUGAAGAAUGUGCCGAACAGCCACCAAAUCGAUGGGACUAUUAGUGAAGAAAGCGGCACGGAAUUUGGCACAGAAUCGAAGCAAAAUGCUCGUUCGGGGACAAAUUGUGCUAAAGGCAAAACCGGGUUCGGAAAUUUUGACGUCAAACAAAGGAUCCCUGGGAUUUCGAGAACCAACUCCGGAGCCAUACAACAAAUGCUUUUGAUUUUACAGGCAAGCGAAUUUGGAGUGAGGGACGUGAGCACUUUCCCAACAAAGGAUCAACUGGAGCUGGAGAAAUUGGUCGUUCUGGUGGCAACUCCGUAUGUUGGACACCGUGGACUUUAUGUGAGAAGGACUGAUCAACCGGAUGUGCCAUCAACUUAUAGGUCAAAUAAUGGAAGGCUGUUGUCGACUCACCAGCAGCAAGCGACCGGAAAUUCGCCUUCUUCCAAAUGCUACCACAGGGUCCAUUCCUUCAACACGAUCUCGUCUCGACUAGCAACAGAUACAAAAACCGCGCUUUGCUCAAACUCUUUACCAUUUGGAGCAUAUUUGCCGAGAGCCAGGGUUGAGACUUUGGCUGAUCUCCUGAGGAUUCUCCCGCCGUUUUUCGGUAUUUUCCGCGCCUGA